ACUACUAUUCCCAAGCCCCAGCUAGCUAAAUGAGCAGCUCUGCCUUUGCUGCUUUUGCUCUGCUCUUCCGUCCCCUUCCCCCCUUUCUCCCCCCUCCACCGGGCUCGCUGCCGGUGGCCGCCGCUUCCGCCGCCUGCUUUAUCCCCUGCUGAUUUACACAUCAGCUGCUCGGCUCGAGCUGCGUAGCAAGACUGUGGAGGUCCCAGCGCCUCACAUCACCUGUGCCGCCGGACAAAGAACUACUCCUACUCCCGGAGGAGAUGAAGUCUCGGAGCUCCGCGAGGGGCGAGCCGAGGAGGUUCGGGAAUGUGGCUCUCCUGGCGCUCAUGCUCUGCUCCCUCGUCGCGCUCUCGCUCAUCAGGGCCAGGUUCUCCCCAAUCGGGAAUACGGCCGUUGCGGAGACCAUAAAAGUGGAGGAUCCGAAGCCGGUGGUGGUGAGCAAGCCGGCUGUCACGGCGGAGGCCGGCGAUGGCGCCGACGAGGCCGCCGCAGUAGCUGUGGAGGAAGACAAGGAGGAGGAAGCUCAGCCCAAGGAUGAGGAAAUUCAGCCCAAGACCGAGCAGGCCUUGGACGCCGCAGUGCGGCCCGCCAAAGCCGCAGUGGCCGUUGACGCCAGCAAGCCGGUGUGCUACGAGACGAGCCGGCGCUCCGACACCUGCGAGGCGGCCGGCGACGUGCGCCUGGUGGGGAGAAGCCAGACCAUCUACGUCGACACGCUGGAGCGGGAGUGGAAGACCAGACCCUACUGCCGGAAGCACGACACCUACGCGCUGUCCCACGUCAAGGAGUGGUCCCUCAAGCCGUUCCCCUCCGGCGACGGCGCGGCGCCCAAGUGCACGUCCAACAGCUCGGCCACCGCCUUCGUGAUCUCCACGGGCGGGUUCACCGGCAACCCCUUCCACGACUACACGGACGUGCUCAUCCCGGCCUUCAUCACGGCCCACCGCUUCGCCGGCGAGGUCCAGUUCCUGGUGAGCAGCUACAAGUCGUGGUGGAUGAGCAGGUACAUCCAGAUCUUCCAGCAGAUGAGCCGGUACGAGGUGGUGGACAUCGACGCGGACGACGAGGUCCGGUGCUACCCGAGCGCCGUGGUCGGGCCGACGUUCCACAAGGAGCUGGGCGUGGAUCCCUCCAAGGCGCCGUCGGGCGUCUCGGUGGCGGACUUCCGCAAGAUGCUGCGUAGCGCGUUCGGGCUGGAGCGCGCCACGGCGACGCCGAGCGGCGACCGGUGGGACAUCCGCCGCCGGCCCCGGCUGCUGAUCAUCUCCCGGCGCACCUCACGCGGGCGGGCCUUCAUGAACGAGCGCGCCAUGGCGGACAUGGCGGGGAGCCUCGGGUUCGACGUCCGCAUCGGGGACCCGGACACGACCUCCGACACGUCCAAGUUCGCGCGGCUGGUGAACUCGUGCGACGUGAUGGUGGGCGUGCACGGCGCCGGGCUGACCAACAUGGUGUUCCUCCCGGCCGGCGCCGUGCUGGUGCAGGUGGUGCCGUACGGGCGGCUGGAGUGGCUGGCCCGCAACACGUUCGCGGAGCCGUCGGCGGGGAUGGAGGUGCACUACCUGGAGUACGUGGUGCAGCUGGACGAGACGACGCUGAGCGAGCAGUACCCCAGCGACCACCUGGUGCUCAAGGACCCCAUGGCCAUCCACAAGCAGGGGUGGGACGCGCUCAAGACCACCUACCUCGACAAGCAGAACGUCCGGCCACACCUCGGCCGCCUCAAGAAGACCUUCCUCGAGGCGCUCAAGAUGCUGCCGCACGGCCGGGACGAUUAGACCAGCUUUAGUUCACCGUCGUCGCCAUCAUCGUGGGAGCUUGAGAGCUGCUGGUAGCCUAGUAUCAUCGCUAAUAGUGUACAAAAUGGAUGCAGAGGGCAAGUGUCUAUAACCUUUUCUCUGUUUUCGCCUA